GAAUUAUUGUAUCAAUUAUUUGUUGGAUUAAGCGGGUCUUUCAACAACGAUUAUAAUAUAAUAUAACAUUCAUGGAUUUAGUGACUGUUGGUCUGGGUUGGUUUUGUCCUGCAAAACCGCGUUGGAUGGCAUCAAAAUCUAGUGAAAAUCAUACUUUUUAGCAGCCUUACAUUUCAUUUAAAACCUAACUCUGAAAUAUUCGAUGGUUUUCGAUUCGAUUUAUUCCCAAUAUAGUGGAUCUGAUAGAAACAAAAAGGAGGAAACUAUUGUAUCUGGGUUUUUAAAAUGGUUGAAUUUGGUUGCAGACUGUGAUCAAAGGCAUUAAUCCUGCAAAAUAGGAAGUGGGCUAGUUUUGGAAGAUUUGUUGAAGCCUCCAAGGAUUUGUGGUUCUAAUGUGAUAAGGAUUUUUUAUUUGUUUUUCUUUCCCUUUCAACAAUUGUUUUGAGGUCUCCCAAUAGGUUUUAAAGGCUUUUUGGAUCUUUUCUGUGCUCAAUUGGGAUCUGAGGAUAUUUGAGAAAUUAUGUCUGGGGAAGAGUAUUUGGAGCUUAAGUUUAGGCUACAUGAUGGUACAGAUAUAGGCCCCAGGAGAUAUUUGUCUGCUACCACUGUUGCCACUUUGAAGGAAAGCAUUCUCGCACAAUGGCCCAAAGAGAAAGAAAAUGGUCCAAAGACCAUCAAUGAUGUGAAAUUGAUCAAUUCUGGAAAGAUAUUAGAAAACAACAAAACUCUUGGGGAGUGCAGGGGUCCCAUAUGUGAUCUACCUGGUGGAGUUAUAACCAUGCACGUUGUUCUACGACCACCAUCAGCUGAAAAAGGAAAUGAAAAGCAGCCUUCAGACAUGCCAAAAGACAACAAAUGCUCGUGCACAAUUCUAUAGAAUGACAUUAUUCAUGGGGAAAUCUGACUUCAAGUGGAUACAAUCUCCAUAUUUGAUUUCACUCAUUGAGACCAGAAGUGGCAUGUUUAUGAGAUAUAUUUGUAUGUUGGAUGCCAGCUCCAGCAACUGAUUUUUUCAGCACCAAAAGGUGACUCAGUGUUCUGUAGAUGAUAGAAUAUACCAGAAGCUAGCAUUCAUUGGUAAUGUGAGGUGUUAAGCUCAUUUUCAAUCAAGGCUACCUCUGGUAAAUCUCAUUAAUAUAUAUUUUUUUUGUAGUCAAAGGAACACAAAUGUGAAAAAUGCAUUUUCCAAAUAUGAUUCUGCCGCUUUCUUGAGUAUGUGAGGGUGUUGAGGAAGGCUACACUUUGGGAUUAUGAUAGUAAUAGUAAUUGUAAGUUGCAUAUUAGUCUAUGCAAAGAUGUACAAACUUGGAAGGUGAUUGAGAAUUGACUGAGGAAAUUUAGGUUCA